AUGAAUUCAUUCAUAUACUCAUUCAAAAAUCCUAGUAGUGAAUUUGUAGAAUCAGCUAAUUUUAUUCAAAACAAAAGACCAAAUCAAUUUUGCCUAAAAAUUUUUAAUUAACAAUCGUAUGAAGAUUUUAAAUUAGAAGACUAAUAAUAAUAACCUUUAUAAUAAUCCUAGGAUUAAUAUCCUUAAUUGAGUAUUAGUCAAUAUUUCUUAAAUCCUUAAUUAAGUUUGGAAUUAAAAUCUAAACUUCCUUCACUAGAUAAAUAUAUUAAGAAAAAGAAAAUACAUAAAAAGGCCAAAUAAUAGUCUGCUGCAAUUAGAGAUUAUAAAAAAAAUAUAUGCAGAAAUAUUUUAAGACAUGGGAUAAAAGGAAUAAAUAAUUAAUAAGCAUAGGAAUUUUUAUUAGAAAAGUUUAGAAAUAACAAUAAAAAAUUAAUUGAAUUUCAAAAGUUUUAUUAAUAAAAUUUGGAAAUCAUUUCAGGCUUCAGAGUACUUAAAGAUCAUUUAAUAAUUUAAACUGAUGAACCUAAAGAAGAAUAAGAACGAAAAAGAAUUUUUUAAUAAUAUCUGAUAUGGUUUUUGUCCUCUUAAGCAACAAAAUGCAUAUUACAAUCAGAAGCAAAUAAUAUUGCUGAAUAUAUUAAAUACAAAAAUGAUGUCUUAUUAUAUUAUGUUCAGCAACCUUUAUAAUGGUAUUCUAAUAAACCUUUAUGGAGAAGAAUAGAAUGA